ACGCCGGCUUAGGCAAAGCACUGCCUUUUGGCCGCCACAUUCGUGCGCGCGCAAGCUGCACAGUGGCAUUCAUCGACUAGGUGUCCAACGCAGCGUUUGACGAUGCUCAGGCCACGCCUCAUAGCCGCCUGGGCACUGGCUGCCUGCAGCGCCUACCACUACGCACCGCAUCGACGGCGCCUCGCACCGCGGCGCGCGACAAGCAAUGACGACAGAGAGCGGAAAAUGAGGGAACGGCAAGAACAGGCCGCCGCGGCGGCCCAAGCGGAAAAGGACGACAUGCGCGAAGAGGAGCUCGAGGAGGUCUACGGCUACGACGAUGAUGAUAUCAAUUACUGGGCCGACGACGACAAUGAUGAAAAUGCAUUAACCUUCUCGACGGAGAAGGCCACGCUGAGUGGCGUGGGCGAUGCCUUCGGUGACUUAACCGUCGAACAGGUCGCCGUAGACUACCGCUUCCCGGUCGCGUAUGUGGCCGAUGUUAUAACAGGAUUCGGCGUGCAGCCUCCUAUAAGUGACGCGGCGGUCAUACGCGAUUUGUUAGAUGCGGACCAGGCCUUCGCUCUACUCGAAGCGGUCACGUCGCUCGACGCGAGUGAAGUGGAUGAUGCGUAUGUGUCGUUCGGGCUGGACGGGUGUGCGCGGCGCUUGGAGGCUGAUUUAGCAGAAGUCUUCGCGCUUUGUGUCGAUAAUAAUUUCGCAUUGCCGCACGGUGUUGAAACUAGAUUGAGGAGAGACCAGUUCGAUACUAUUGCAAGGACGUUAGGAUGGCGGUCCGACGAAGCGAGACUGCCGUUCAAGUACGAGGACUUCGGCUACAAGGAGCUCUCGAAAACGGCGGAGCCGCUCGACCCCGACGCGAGGGCGCUGCAGGACUACGUGCAGGCGGCCGACGACCCUUCAUACCUAGAUAAUAUGUGAUUUUUGUGUGC